GCGUCUGACAGAGCUCGCGCAUGUACUCAUCCUUCUUCCGUUCAUCAUGUCGACUUCGUCGCGAUGGUUCUGCGCUCUGCUGCUAAUACUGUGCCUUGCUCUGUCCACACAUGCUAUCCUCGGUCAAAAAUGGGAGGCCACAGAACUCUGUAAAUGCAUAUGUUUCGGCUCCAACUACACUAUCUUGCACAUGGAGAUACCUGACAAUCCGAAGCAACCUUGCCUGUCAUGCACGAAGCAAUGGUGUCUAAACCAGAAUCUGCCUAUAUGUGCAGGUGCCACGCUAGGAGAUGCAGACCCUGACACAGCAACGGGUAAAGAGGGUGAUGUCGAAGCAAGGUGCUUUCAGCGAGAUUCGCCAAGGGACCAGCUCGUGGUGACUAUCUUCCUGCUAACUGUGUUCGGUCUUUUGCUUGGGGCUGGUAUCAAGGGUAGGAUGAUCAAAGCCGGCCUCGAUACAAGCCUGCCAUGGCAUACAAGCAGACGGUGGUGGGAGGCAUGGAUCCCUCAGAGACAUCCUGAAGACAUUGGAUUUGAGCUCGCGAAUCGUGUUCGCGGGUUGUGGAAUCGAGGGCAAGACGACAGGCGGGAUCAGUACAUCAGCGUAUCUGUGACACCUACAUUAUGACUCUGCAUCGUGCUCUUAUAUGUAUUACUAUUCGCUCUUUUAUAUCUCAUUAUUAUCGUUCACAACGUUGUG